AUGCUGGAACGGAUCCGCCGCCUCAGGAAUGCUCAGCGUAAAGUAUCUGAACCAAAGGUAAAGUCAAAGGGGCCAGAUUCGCACGAAGCAGUGGUUUUGUCCAACCCACAGCCUUGCAUAUACUCCUUGACCAAAUCGAACUCUUUAGAUAGCUCGGAGAAACUUCAGAAUGGCACAGCUAGCACCGAAGGCCAUGGACAGCACCGCAAAACAGCGGCAACAGAUGCACUUUCCAUCGAGGACCGCCCUGCGACAGUGCGUUUUGGCACCGUCCACCCGGAUGAUGCUCAGUCUGAUGACAAACCACUUCUAGAGCAUAGCCCUGGAGCCGGACCUAUAUGUCGCCCCAAGUCUUAUUGGGGUGCAGCGCUUCAUCGGCUUGAAUCCAAGUCACCUGAUGUAUAUGGCGCUUUCGAACGAUUGCAACGGGACUUGCCAGAUGGAGACCUGCCUGAAGCUUUGCUCGCCGUAAUCCAGAAGCAUCGCCAAGUCAUGGAACAGCGAGAAUGGUCCCUUCCUUUCAAAGUCAGGGGAAGAUCUGUCAAGCUCAGGCGCCAACUCGACACCGUCGCAAGGGCUUUGCUCGGAUUCAAAGGCCUUGGAGCAGCAGUUUCUCGCGUUGAUCUCAUGCAGAUUGCUCCUGCGGCGUGGGGUUGCUUCACAUUUAUCUUGCAGGUUGCAUUGAACGAUUCCGAGCAGCAUGCGGCAGCGAUCGAAGGUGUAUCAGAAAUCGCCCCUAUCAUUUCUAGAUACACAAUACUAGAAUAUCUGUACCUCCAGGACAAGAACUACUCGCUCAAGACAAUAUUCGAGGAAUCAAUAAUCGACUUGUACACCAUCAUAUUGCAAUACCAAACCAACCUGGCAAUCUAUUUCCAGAGGCACGCCUUCACCCGGCUCUUGCGUUCUGUACCAAGCUUGGACGAUUUCCCACUGCUUUUGAAGAAAAUAAGAGGUCAAGAUGAAGUCUGCAAAGGUUUCACGAGUAUUUUCGAUGAAGAGAACGCACUCAACCGGCAUCAGGAAGUUCAUGCUUUCUUCCGACAAAUUGACCAAAGGCUCGAGCGAACGCAAGAAGAGCUAGAUGCCUUUUCACGAACGGCGAAAAUGCAACGAAAUGCAGACGUAUUACGCUGGCUAUGUAACGGUUCCGUCUUGGCUUACCAUCAGACCAUUCUUGAAGACUUCAAAAUGGGCACUGCAUAUGUCCAUGCCGGGCAAUGGCUCAGGCAGCAUCCAGACUUCGUCAGAUGGCGGAACUGUUCGGUAUCUAACCCCGCUAUCUUUUGGCUCCAUGGCUCGAUUGGCACUGGGAAGACUUCCAUAACAUCAAGAGUGAUCGAAUGGUAUCUGGAAGAUUCACUGGGUCGCGAUGGCCAUCGCACGGCUUUCUUCUACUGCUCGAAGACUCAAGGCAACCAGCAAGGCACGGCGACGAAAGUCUUAUUCUGCGCAUUGUUGCAGCAGCUUGCGUGGUCAAGAGAUGGCACAUCCAUCACACCAGUGCUAGAGGCCGAGUUUGAGAGACAUCGUUGCAUUCCUGCCGCUUCAGAUACUCUGUCCCGCGACAAAUGCAUCGAACUCUUGAAGGAUGCCGUCUCUUCCUUGGAAAGGGCUUUCGUUGUCGUCGACGGCUUGGACGAGUGUUGUGAUUCAAUCGAGGUCGCUACGAUGCUUGAAGAACUGGUCGACGCGGUUGGCCCGAAGUUGAGGAUCUUUCUGACUAGCCGAGACGAAGGUCCGCUCCGAGAUGUGAUCUUAGACUGUUACAAGGUUCCAAUGAGGUCGCAAAGCACUCGGGAAGAUCUCCAAUAUUUUGUCCAGCACGAAGUUUUCGACAGGAGACCUCGUCUUUUCAGGGGCUCUCGGCAAGACCUUGAAGAAGAAAUCGUUGAGAUCCUUAGCCGCAAAGCGGAGGGAAUGUUCAGGUGGGCGGAAUUGCAGCUAGCCAUCAUUUUCGAUAAGAGAACACCGUACCGAAUACCAGAGGAUGUGCAAGCAAAACUUGCGGCCCUUGGCCGUGAGACAGCAGUACCGAGCCUCAGAGAUGCCUACGACGAGGUCUACAACAUGAAUACUAAGGCCGACAGAACGGACCGACAGCACGCAAUCAAGGCUUACAAAUUGUUAUUAUGCUGUCGCCGCCCACUUCGGACAGAGGAGCUCACCGAGGCCGUGGCUACCAAUCGCGACGGAACUGUCCACCCGCUAGUCGACAACGUCUACGUGCUCGAGAUCACGAGAAACUUGGUUUUCGAAGAUGAGAGAUCGCAGACUGUUCGGUUCUCACAUCAGUCAGUUGUUGAAUAUCUGAAAGGGAGAAAAUGCAAGAAAACCCGGGAAUUCGAUAAAGUCCAGAACAAUUCACAAAUGGCUGAAGCCUGUCUUCUGGCUACUCCCAGAGAAAGGAAUGAGACACCGGGGUUCUACGAAUAUGCCCGCGAAUGGUGGCUCAUGCAUACCGACAUGGCUGAAUCUGGACUUUCGGAUAUUGGCAAGUUGAUCUUUUCGCGUGAAGAUUCCGACAUCGAUCAACUCAAUCGCUUAUCAAUAUUCAACCAGGCGUGCCCUCCGCGGCCAAUGCCCAAGUCUCAGCUGCAGUCGGGACGACAUUCACAGACUUUGUCCCACGGCCAAAGUACACUGCUAGCAGUUAUGUUCGAGGCUGCUUUUGCAGCGCAGCAACGUAUAAUGCACUGGGAGUCACUUGGCCACGGUGUCGUAUAUCGGCCCGACCCUGGCGACACUGUGCUUCACUGUGCGGUUGCCAUGCCUGACACUCAAUUGCUGCUGGCAUUGCUCACUCACGGUUCACAGGUCUUUUUGAACACGCGAAAUGUGAAAGGCGAGACUCCAUUGCAUAGAGCCAUCACCAAAGGUACUGUGCAGGCAAUCGGAGUUUUGCUUGACGCAGGUGCAUCGCCUUUCUGUAGAAACAACACAGGAGAAACGUUGAUUCAUGCUGCGACUCGUGCUCGAAAAAUCCCUCUUGUCGACAGCUUGAUCGAUGACACCGAGCUUCCUUGUCUACACCUUACCAUUCCUCGUCAGCUUAUGCAAGGACAAGCGGCUUGCCAGCCAUCAAGCUUGACACGCCAGGUUCCAGAGAUCGGCCACCAGGAUGGUAUCGACAGAAGUCUCUCUCAUAUUCCCCAUAAGGAAGUCAUCUCUCCUGAGGUCUGUAAAAUACAGAUGUUCAUUUCUAGAGGAGUCGACCUGCACAGCGAGGACAUCUUCGGCAACACCGCACUUCAUAUUGCAGCCGGCACGAGCAGGUGGUUGGAGAUGCACAGUAUCCUUGAACGACACAAUCUGUCGUAUCUGCUAAUGAUCAACGCCAACGUCAAUGCACAGAACAAGCACGGAUGGACCCCACUCCAUAUUGCCUGUACCCGCGGUUUCGUUUACGAUGCGAUAUUGAUGCUAAACCGUCAUCCCAACUUGGAACUGGCAACGCGAACGGGCUGGACCGCUCUACAUCUCGCCGCCUUCUGUGGGCGCGCACAAAUUACCAGGAUGUUACUGGAGAAGGGCUCGAGUGUUGAUGCAAGAACAAACGCGGGCUGGAAUGCUCUUCACCUUGCUGCAGUGAACGGACAUUAUCAAGUUGUGGCAGAAUUACUGAGUCGUGGGGCAGACGCCUUGGGGACGGGACCCAGCAACUGGACACCACGAGCACUUGCUCAACACUUUGGUCACAAGUAUGUGCUUCACAUUUUGCGGCAAGUGAAAGGCUGUCGGGAGGGCGCAGCAAGCAGCGCAAUGACUCCCAUUCCCGGACCGCUCAUCAAACCCUUUCCAGAGAAUGAGCCUUGGCUCUUCCCAUUUGCUGAAUCUCAAGGAUGGUGCUACGACGUGCAUCACCCGUCGCUAGUGUUUGGACAUCGCGAUGGUUCUUGGCUUUACCAACAGAGCCGGUUGCUUCCCCCAGCAUGGGAAGUACAUCUGUCCGACAACAAGGACUGUUACAGGCCCUACUUCAUUAACCAUACGACGCGCAAAACAUCGUUCAACGAUCCCAGAGGCGAGUUCUACCAGGCUUUCCAGAUCCCUGAAAAGGACGCCAUACCAUGGCCUUACACACUGUCCACGUGUUGA